AUGCUGGCCAGAGAAUGGCUGUCUGUAGGCUCGUAUCUUCUCAAGUCAUCUGGUCAGUGGCAUAUUGGAACAUCGCAGGUCGUCGGCGCGUCGUUUAGAAAAGCCAUUCAUCGUCUACUUUCCCGUAUCCCACGUCCUGCCGUCCUCAUCUCCAGUAACUUUACACAGUGGGGUCCCGAGCUCUCAAAGAGAAUAGGCGAACUUUUGAUUGACGCGUAUUGCCAUGAUCAGCUCCCUCUUCACGCUCUAGAAACUUUCAAUGAACUAAAGAAGCUGCAGGUGUCGAUUCCUCUUGACACGCAACUUCGAUUGAUUCGCGCUCUGGUGAAAGAGGAUACAUUGGGACUUGCCAAGGAUCUGUUCAACACCAUUCCUCGGGGAACCACGUACAAACAUUACCUGCAGACAGCUCUCUUCCUGUUCGCACACUGCGGAGAUCAUCGCCGUGCCGAAUCCUAUUACAAUUCGCUUCAUCAACAGAAGUUUGUCAAUGAACGGGAUAUUGGGCUGCUCAUGCAUGCCUAUGGAACCCAGGGCCAAGCGGAAAGAGUACGAAUCAUGUUCAAUGAUUUCUUUCCUGUUCAGGAAGACGGUCACCGCGCAAAUGAGCCUGGGAUCCAACAUUUCGGAGUCGCUAUUUAUGCCUGUACGAUAGGAGGACAAAUCGGCGAAAUUAAUUACUGGUUAGAAGAAAUGGUCAAGGCCGGACAUAGACCAAACAUCAUAAUAUUCAAUAGCAUCAUGCAAGCGUUUGCCAGGUCGGGUGAUAUGGCUUCACUCCGGGCUGUUUUGGACCAGGUCAAAAACAGUGAUUAUCCCCCCACAGCCGUCACAUACGUGCUGCUGAUGACCACGUUAGCACAUCGGAGGGACGUCGCCGGCGUCGAGUUAUUGUACAAGGAAGCCGUCGAAGAACGCGGAAUUGUCCCGAACCGGCGAAUGGUCAACACGUUGAUGAAUGCUCAUGUUAUAGCUGGUUCGUGGAAGGGUGUCAUCCGGGUGUUUGACUACAUCCGUUCUGAUGCUCAUCCCAGGAUUCGUCUGACGAUCGAGCUCUACACCACGCUGCUCAAGGCAUAUGUUCUUAUCGGUGCACCCUUUCCUGUAGUUUCGAAGAUCUUCUCCAAGCUGGAAGAUCUGAAUGUCAAGCCAGAUUCGUAUACCUUUGCUCUAUUGAUUCAGUCCGCUUGUGAUGCCGGCGAGAUGGAAAUCGCUUGGGAGAUCUUCCGCGAAAUGGACAAACUCGCACAGUCUUGGACGUCCAACCUGUACAUUGACGUGUACAUCCUCACUAUUAUUAUGGCUGGAUACCUUCGUGCUGGCAAGCGACAGAAAGCGAAAGCUGUCUACGACGAACUGGUGGCGCGCCAGAUUCAGCCUUCCGCUGUCACUUUCAGUGUCAUGCUGACUUCGUAUGGUAAUCAACGUUCAGAAGAGGCAAUGAGGAUUGCCGAAGCCUUCAUCAAUGAGCUCAUGAAUAUUCCGGAGAGACCUUGGGCUAAGCCAUCUUACGGCAAGCCCUCGGCUCUCGAGCUUGUGUACGGCCCUCUUCUUAAAGGUUAUACAACCCUGCACAAGGCCGAGGACGUCGAAAGGCUCCACAAUGACUACUCUGCUGCGGGGGGAGUUGAGACGUUGGGAACCCUCUCAGCACUUUUCGACGUUUACAGGCGGACUUACCAGAUUGAGAACGUCAAAGAAAUGUGGCCGGCAAUCUUUGCUCUUGGGGUCGAGUAUGUCAAAGAAACACCUGUCAUCAACACGAGCAAGGACGAUCCAUCCGCGAAUCGUCUCCUCAACAAUAUACUUUGUCUUCCGUUGUCAAUAUACAUUGACGCUCUGUCUGCGGCGGGCGAGCAUGAGGAAAUUGCCCGCGUCUGGAAGACAUUCCAGGAGCACGGAUUCUCUUUCGACGCUCACAAUUGGAACCAUCUCGCUGUGACUCUCAUCCGUGCUGGUCAACUGGAACGUGCGUUUCAGGUUGUUGAACAUGUAAUUCUACCUUAUCAAGAUCAAGCAAGAGAUCUCAUCGCUUCACGGAACAGUACUCCCAACAGCCCUCUGAUGUAUAGCUUGGAAGACCUUGACAAGGAUGAGGAAGAAUUCAAUACCACGUUCAUAGAAUCGCAGGCCCAGCUCAAGAAGCGGGCGUCGUGGCGGCUGCCAUCCAUCCGCCGCAAUAAACGCCAUGCAAUGCCACAGCUUGAAGAGGAUGAGGAGGCGCAUGCCGACGACCUUGCGUAUCCCAUGCAUGUCCUCCACCAGAUAUCUCCUGCCUGGAAUGUAUGGAAGAUUCACAUCGCCGUCAAACGAGUCUUCCUUAGAGCUAUCGAAGAUCUCCGUGAAGGGUAUUUACCUCGCCCAGUUGGGCCGCGUCGUGGCCAGCUACCGCAUUCUCAAGAUUUCAUGGAGGACAAUCAAGAGACGAGGGCAGAGGCGAAGGAGCUGUUCCGACAAUUGUAUGACCAGUACCCACGGACUUACUCGCUGUUGCAGGAAUUCGAGAUCAAGGAAAGGCGGAGAUUGGGCAGAUCCUUUGGUCGAAAGUACGAAUAUGGAGAUUAG